CGCAGCUAGCUAGCUACGAGUAUCUGCAUAGCUAGCUGGCUAGCAAGCUAGAUACUAGUGCUAUCUAGCUCCUUCUAGAUUAUAACCUCACCAAGCUAUAGCUGCAUCUGCCCUGCCUGCAUGCGAGCUGGCUAACUGAGCGCUGCUGCCUGCAUACAGUACAGACCGACCCUCAGCUAGCUAGCAAUAGCACAUGGAGGAUGACAAGAAGGAGGGCAAGUACCGCGGCGUGCGGAAGCGGCCGUGGGGCAAGUUCGCGGCCGAGAUCCGGGACCCGGAGCGCGGCGGCUCCCGCGUCUGGCUCGGCACCUUCGACACCGCCGAGGAGGCCGCGCGCGCCUACGACCGUGCCGCAUUCGCGCAGAAGGGCGCCACCGCCAUCCUCAACUUCCCCGGCGAGGCUGGCAGGAUGAGUGGCGGGUCUUCUUCGUCGUCGGCCGCCGCCCAGGCGGCCGCGAGCAGGCGCGUCCCUGACACGGAGAAGGUGGAGCUGGAGUACCUCGACGACAGGGUCCUGGACGAGCUCCUCGCGGAGGACUACUACAGCAGCAGUAAGAAGAAGUAGCUAGCACGCACACCCAAAGAAGAAUAAGCUACUGUACUAUAGUACUAAAGCUGCUUGGAGUGAUGGAGGAGAAUGGUGUUCGAUCGUUGGUUUGGUCCGCGCAUGGCAAGACUAGUCAUGGCUUGCAUGGACACACGCUCACCCACGUGUAGACUAAACCACUGACACGUACUACGUCCUUUGUCCGGGCGAGCCCAUGCAGCGUGCUUCAAUUUGUUACCGCGAAGAUGGAACGAAGUAAUUAGUGGGUAUAUUGCAUAUACUUGGCUACCAAAAACUAUGAUACGCAAAUGAAGGUAAUAUUUUCUCUGUAACCAUGUGUGUUUACAUAAAAUGGUCGUAUCCAAUCUACCACAUUUACCCAGUGGCGAAUCUAGAACAUAAUUGCAGGGCAGGCUCGACUUCAAGGAUACUGAUUUUUUGGUGUCAGAAGCUAUUUUAUACGCUGCACCUAACUACUAUUGUGCUAAUCAUUGGUGGUGUUUCUUUGUGUGGCAAAUUUUGAGGGUAGGCUAGAGCCUGAUGAAGCCUGUUGAGUAGAAUCGCCACUGCAUUUACCCCUGCCCUCUUUUUUCCUAUAUAUUUUGACAUGGAAGUUCACCAAUUUGUACUGGCAGUAUAUGUUUGAGAAGGAACGAUGGCAAAUUAACAGUGUA